AAAAGAUGGCAGCCGUUGUGAAGUAAACUGUCGAUCUGUUAUCGUGUCAACACCCUUUCUCCAAGUUCAAAAUAGUGUAAUCUCAAAUAACCUUAAGGCCAUUCUCGUACCAUUAUGGGAGUUGAAAGGACGUGGUUCAGGCUUGGAUAUCAUACUGUAACAUAACAGUAAUAUUCCUGUUCACAGUAUGGCCCAUAUCAAGACGUACUGUCGUAUCCGGCCAACACCAAGUUUGUCACAGUGUUUUGAUUGGGACAGCACCAAAUUCUAUUUCCGCACUCCAGAACAGCAGGGGAGAAAUGUGGAACGUGGCAAGACUAUUGAUUAUGAGUUUCAGUUUGGGUCAACAUUUGGUCCACAUACCUCACAGGAUGAGGUAUUUCACACUGUUGCAAAAGACAUCGUAACUGGGUUCCUGUCAGGAUAUAAUGGCACUAUAUUUGCCUAUGGACAGACUGGAUCUGGUAAAACAUUCACUGUGGAAGGUGGGGCUAGGAGGUAUUCAGAUAGGGGUUUGUCACCAAGAGCAUUGUCCAUGAUAUACAGAGCAUUACAAAGUAGGACAGAUGAAGAUAUCAGUGUACAUGUAUCUUAUCUUGAAAUCUAUCAGGAAACUGGUUAUGAUUUAUUGAAUCCCAGUACAAGACAAGGCAAUGUUGUCACACAUCUACCAAAGGUUAGUGUUGUUGAAGGUCCUCAAAAUACUUGUAUUGUUCGCAACCUCUCUCAUCAUUUGGCGGCUGAUGAGCACAUUGCACAGGCAUUAUUGCUUCAAGGACAAGCCAACCGAAAAGUUGCAGAAACUCCCAUGAAUCAGCGUUCUUCAAGGUCACAUGCUGUAUUCACAAUUCACCUGACUGCAAGAUCACCGGAGUCAGAGGUCAUUACAAGAUCUAAGCUUGCUAAAACUGGGAUAUGGGGACAGCAAUUGGAUGAAGCCAAGUUCAUUAACUUAUCUCUUCAUUAUUUGGAGAGUGUUAUCAUAGCUUUACAGGAUCAAAUUAAAAAGACAGAAACAAGGCACAUCCCUUAUAGGAAUUCAUUACUAACCAUGGUUUUAAGAGAUAGUUUAGGUGGGAACUGUUUAACUGCUAUGAUAGCCACUGUAUCCAUAGAAGAAUCCAAUAUUGGAGAGACUAUGUCAACUUGUAGGUUUGCACAGAGAGUUGCUUGUAUUCAGAACCAUGCAAGUCGAAAUGAAGAACUCGAUGAUAAAAUGGUUAUCAAGAAACUAAGAAGACGUAUAGCUGAGUUAGAAGCGGAGAUUGCAUGUCUGAAGUCUUCACAAUAUGCAAAUCAGGACAAUUAUGAGGUACAUCUGAGCAACACUGAAGUAGAAAAUGCUGAAAAAUCUGAAAAGAUUCCCCGAACAAUUGGACUGUCUGAUGAUGAUAAGAAACUAUGUAGGAGAAUUAUGCAUGGUUUUAUUAGCGGUCAAAUUAAGGAUCCUGUAGCUGCUGGGAUUAAAGAUCCAUACAAAUUCAAAGAGUGUACACAGAUACUAAGAACAAUGCUGAUAACGUCGUAUGCACAGGAUGACAGCACUGAACUUAAAGAUGAAAGCAUCUCUUUGGAGAAUGAUAGAGGGCGCACUGUACAUAGAACAAGAACAAAAACUGGAAGCUAUGGGGAUCAAGAGUCUUCAACGCAAGAACGUAUGCAAGACAAAAGUGGCGAUACAAUGCCAAUGCCACGGCCUAGGAGAGCACAGAGUGCUCCAGUAACAACCAACAGAAGAGCCAGACGUAGCAGGCAAUUGGAUCAUCAGAAAGGUGUAGAGGAAGCACAUCAAACUUUAAGUCCAAGAGGAUCAAUGAGUGAUCAUGGUGCUAAGAGAAAUACUUACAAAUCACCAUUUGAAGAGAAACGCGAUCGCGACAUCAGAAGAAUAGGUGCCAAAGUAGAUAGACUCAAGGAAACACAAGUCAGUGAUCGCCAAGAUUUGCUUGAGUUUCAGAUUAGUAUUAAAGAAGAGCAGUUGGAGUUGAUGAAGGCGGAUAUCAAACAGGGUAAAUAUGAAAGAAGACUUAGGUUUGUCAGGGAACAGUUACAAAUUAUUGAGGAACAGCAGAGGCAGCAGAACUUUGGUGAAGCUGAACAAGAGAAGAAACAAGCUGAAUCUGAGAAUGAUAGACAAACCACAAGCUUUAAGGAAGAAUUGUUGAGAAAAUACCAAAUGAGAGAUGGGAAGGUGAAUUCCAGGAAAGUGUUGGAAGUACUGAGGAAAGAAGAACGCAAGCAGGAUAAGAUGCAAGCAACUAUAGAGCAUCAACGAAUACAGUCAGUCACCAACCACCUUGCUAUCAAAGAAGCUAAGACCAGACAAAAACUAGCAGAAUUCAAAGACAAACUCAAACAGUCCAAGGAAGAGAGGCAAAUAAGACCCAGCAGUCAUCCCUCAUCAUCUGGCAGUGAUGGGUUAUGGGCACAUUCAAGUGAGGUUGUCACUGAGGAUUGGCAUGCACAACAGGAUAGUAACAUCAUGAGCCCUUCAAAUACAUCAACUCCUGAAAGGUCUGGAUGGAUGAGCUCAACACCAAGCUCAGCUAAAAAGGAAUCACAAUUUUCUCCAAAUACUGGCACAUCAGAAUACACACACACAGGAUCAGAACUCUCACACUCACCAAUUACAAGCGCUUCACAUACAAACACAACAAGGAGAACAUUAUCAAUGCAAUAUGCUGAUAAGGGAGGUGAUACAGAACAAGAGAUGUCAUUAUUUACAACACCUUCCCAACAGAGAACCUCAUUUACUAACACAACUAAUGUGACUAAGCCAAAGAAUGUACCACAGAACAUUACUGUGGAAGACAUUGAAGACAGUUAUCCACAGAGUACACCUGUUACUUCAGCAAAUGAACAUAAAGAGAAAACUCCCAAAAAGUCACCUUUUGAUAAUACAUUUGCUUACACGCCAGCUAAAGUUCCUAAUAUGAUGGUGUCAGCCCAAAAGAAACAAGUUUAUAAUAGUGGAGACUUACCAAAGGAUAACAAACCAAAUGAAAGCAAAGAUUCUGAGAUGACUUACACCCCAAGUGACUAUGUUCAAAAUGAAAACAAAUUUACAUUUGAUCCACAUAAAUUUUCAUUACAAUCUAGAACUUUUGAUUCAGCAUUGCAUUCCAUGCUUGAUGAUUCUAGCAGCAGACCACUCAGCCCUCCUUCUAACAAGGACUAUGAUUGGUUCAGUAGUUCCAAAUGGUCCAAUUACAGUUCAGGCUAUGGUGACUCAGCCAUUCAGAGUGGAGUCUCUUCACCAAUUGGUACUAGAGUCCAGAGUGCACAAAUCUGGGCAAAUAACAAGUCACCAGAUGAAAAUCCACUGUCAAUGAAAGAGAAAUUAGCCAGAUAUCUUGAUAAGUCAUCCACUACUGCAGCCAAUAAGAAGUCACCUCCUAAAAUGAUGAUGGUCAGGAGAUCUGAACCUUGUGUUGUUUCUGGAGCAGGAGAGGACAUCAGCACACUCGCAUCAUCUUUGAAACUUGCCAAUCCCACUAUGGACUCAUUUGAAUCUGACCCAUUCUCUAUGUAUACCACUGCAUGUCUGUACUCAGAUGGGCACACCCAACAAGAAAAUGAAUCAGAGUCACCUCCAAAUCUCAAACUUGAUAACGACAGAAAAACAAGGGGGUCAGAUCAGAAGUGUAAGGACAUUGCAUCAAUGGAACUUGCUAAAAAGAAACCCACUAAACCUAAAAUAAAUGCAAUGGUUGAAUCGGAGCGUGAGAAGUCCUAUGUGAACUCAGUCAAACAGCAGAAAGAACGACGCCCACUAUUGGCCAUUUUAAAAGAUUGGUUACAGUAA